GAGUUUGGUAUUACCUGCUGGUCCCUUUGGAGGACCAGAAAUGAUCGUGUCUUCGCAGGCAAGAUCAUCACCCCUAAGACCUUCCUGCACCGUGUCCGGGCUUGGUUACCUAUAGUGAGGAAUGCCCUGGAUAAGGACAAGCUCAUCCAUAAGCCUUGUCCGCCUGCUAGAACGGAGGAGCAGAUCUCUUGGAAGCCGCCUCCUCCCGAGUGGGUUUUCCUCAACUCUGACGGCUCCGUCCUUCUUGAGACAGGCCUCGGCGCUGCUGGUGGCCUUAUCCGAGAUCAUUCAGGACGCUAUCUUUCAGCAUGCACUUUGAACCUGGGUGCGUGCACUAUCACCCAGGCGGAGUUGAGAGGUGCAGUGGAAGGUCUACAGGUGGCGUGGGACAGGGGACAUUGCAGGAUUCGUGUCCAGCUUGAUUCGCAGUGCGCCGUUCAGCUCAUUCGGCAGACGGAUACCGAGGAGCAUCAUUGUGCAGCUGUCCUAGCUCGAUUCAUGGAGCUUCUGUCUAGACCCUGGGAGAUGUUAGUACAACAUGUGUAUAGAGAAGGUAAUAGAUGUGUUGAUUUUCUGGCUAGUCGAGGACAUGUGGUCCCGUUUGGUUUUCAUGAGGUUGUAAGUUCCGAUCUAAUGCUCUCGUAUUGGAUCAUGUAUGACUGUCAGGGGAUCUCCGAACCCCGGUUGGUUUGGAAUGAAAGGUAG